CCCCCACCCCCAUCUCACGAAUUGUUCGCUCGCUCCCCUCACUCCCCCGCUCGUUUGUUUGGUUGCUCGCUUGCGCUGACCCGGGUGGGGUAGAGUCCAUCACGACUGGGAUGCCGCUGGCCAUUAGGGACACAGGAUUUGAUUGCUAUAUGUAAAAGACGGGUAAUAAGUUAACGGGACUAUGGUUGAGGGGCGACGCGGGUGUUGCUGGAUCUGGGUCACGGCGAUUUAGUGAGCUAUGGAGAGUGCGUGGAUGGUAUGUUCUGUUCUGUUGUGUCGUUUGCCGCCUAGUCCUGCAUUGGGCCGCUUCUCUCUGGGGUUGAAGCUGUUGGCGGGUUGUGUGGGGAGUUUGGACGAGGGCAGAUUCUGAGACGUGCAUGAGAGAGGGAGAGAGACGCUGUUGCUGCUGCUGUUGUUUUUGAGGUUCUUGGUCCGGAGGUUUUGGGUUCCGCGGGAUCCUUAGUAUAGGAUCUGCUGCGCUAGGCGGUUUUUGAGUAGAUGUUGUAGGAGAGAGCGAGCGAUUGUGGGAGGUGGGAUGGGAUUAGGUGAAUUUGUCACUUGGCGGUGACGUGAGCAUAGCAGACAAGAAUGAGAGGUUUCUCGUUGAAGGAUUUUUUGAAUCGGCCCGUGCGUGGUCACAGAUUCCGAGCGAGUGGAUCUGUGAAGAUCUUGAAGCAUGCCGCUAAGUACAGACGGCCUGGUGAAAUCCUGGGAAAUGGGGGAGACAGCAAGGUGAAUGGUGUGAAUCACAUCUCUAGUUUUUCAUCCUCGAAUGGAGCUGAUUACCCAACGGAAUUCACUUUUGUGCCACGGCCAAUGGAGCCUACUGAUCUCGACAAACCUGUGCGGUGUCCUCCUCCGGAACCUUGUAUUGUCCAUGAUGGAAUAGUAUUCAAAGACAGGCUUGCGAACUCUCGGCGUCGCAGUGAUCUACUUGGUUCUAUGAGAGAAACUGACCAUAUAGAAUAUUACAGUACUCCUCCUAACCGGCGUCGCAAUAGAAGCUCCAAAGAGUUGCUUCAAUCGCCAGCUCUCAUUGCGCCGGAUCUUGUAGCUACUAAAAUAGUAGAUUAGGCAUUACUCGAACCCUUCCCCUGGAGUAUCGUUGGGUAAGACAAGUCAUCACGAUUUUGAUAGGAAUGUUAAUAUAGAAGAAUUUGGCUAGAAGAGGCGCUUAGGUUGUCUUCAAUCUGAGGACUGAGAUAUGGCUUUAGACAUUAAGCCCUUCUAAGCUUGCAAGUAUUCAAUUGCACACUAUAAUGUAACAAAUCUUGUACAAUACAAUUAGCUUCUUGUUACA